CUUUUGAAAUUUUUACAAUCAUUCGCCGCCUAAUCAACAUCUCAUUAACAUACUUAGUUUUUUGGUUUGGUGGAAUAAUGAUGCUCAUGUGAUUUUGAGGCGUGGAGUGUAUUUAAGAGUUUAGAAGAAAUUUUGGAUUUUUGGUGUUUAGGAAGAGAUUUGCAGAUUGACUGCAUCCGAAAAUGAAACUCCUCACUGCAGCCCUGCUCUCUCUAGCAACACUCACCGUAGUCCAAACCCAAGAAGCUUCCUUAAGUCAGGACUAUCUCACCCGCAUUUUACUAAACAUAUCCGAAGCAAGAAUCCCGAAUUACCUUAUAAACGUCAUAUAUGACCGACCUGUGGAAAAAAGUAUUUCUGCCCAGGCAGUUUUAACUUUGUAUCAAGCAAACACCACCAACCUCACUUUUGCUGAGCAUGUGCUACAAAGUUGGAAUGUUUCCAAUUCCCAAGUGUUUAGUAUUAAUGGCUUUUAUUAUACAAUGAACUUAUUUAAUUGGACAUUCACCAAUUUUUAUAAUACGGCUAUUAAUAGGUUGGGGCUCUCUGGAGCACCGUUAAGGAAUGGUUUGGUGGCUUUAAACAUCAAUGUUAAUGAGUUCUCUGCUGGUAUUGCUUAUGGAGAGCCUGAUCCGUGGCAAGAGUUUAUUAAAGGGAAUUUUUCUAGAGAGAACUUGGAAGUUGCUUGCAGUGCUGCCGGGAUCACCCUUGAAGCCCUUUGGGAAGUUGUAAGGGAUCUGUUUAUCAAUGAUUUGAUUACUUUUCAAGUUGAAGAUUUUGUGAGGCUUUUGCUUAACCAUAAUAUUCAAAAACAGCAUGCUUUGAUUAUGUGGAAUAGCAUCCCUAUCACUUUGGAGCAUGUUUAUAGUAUACCAUUGUACAGUGAGAUAAUAAGUAACUUUAGUAGCAGGGUUAGCCAGCAAAAUGCUUUGGGAGUAUUAAUCAGUAAUAGAGAUGUAGUGGUUCAUAGAACUUUACAAGAAUUCUUUGAGGCUGAGCGAGAGCUUCUGGAUAUUCAUGCUGAAACAGUAAUAACAAGAACUUCACUGCUUAUUGGUGAAGUAAACACUACAAUCUACAAUAAUCUCGUUGUACUAAGGCAUAAUGUAGAUACUCCAUUUACCAAUUUAACAGCGAUAACAGUUGCUUCGGAGAAUUCAAAUUUGACUAACUGCAGUUACGUUACUUUCCAGAAUAAUAACGUUAUGACCGUUAAUGUACCACUUGCCAUUUAUGAUAAUGACUCCUACAUACUUCCAAGGUCUGUGGUGCAAAAUGUGAUCCCUGGAAGUGCCCUGGUUUGCAACGUUACAGUUUAUGGGCUAGCAAGGGGGGCGGAAAAUGGACAUAUCGUCGUAGAUCCUUUUUCAGAUUUUGUGAGUCCACCAUCAUCUGGACACAUGAUUACAUUUGGGGUUUUGCAACUUGGAAUUUUAUUAAGUUUAGGGUAUAUUUUAUAAGUGUCAUUAAAUAGUUAUAAUACAUGUAAGAGUUACUGUAAAUAAAUUAUAUUUGAUGUAGUGUGAAAGCACAUUAGUA